AUGGAAGUUAAGCACGACCGACUGCCAGAGGAACCGUACGAUCAGCUGAAAUUAAAAACAGGACCGAAGGAGGCGUCUCAGAACCCUACUCGAGGGGCUUCUAACUUGUACAGUGCUACCAAGAAGAAGGAUUAUACUGUUUCAGUCUAUCUCAAUAACAGGGGGAAAAGCGAGCAUUCACAGCAGAAGUGCAUCGUAGGCUUUGCCCUGGUGUGUUGUUUCGCCAUCUCUGUUGCACUAAUAUUUUCAGCUGUGGACAUUCCAGGCAGCAGCAGUGACACAGAAGACAUUACAGAGGAUAACUGCAACAGGGAUUGCCGGGUCCAUCUUGUUGAAAACAUUCCAGAUGGGCUGGACGAUACAGAGAACACGACUAAGUGCAUCUCCUUGUUCCAAGGUUGGAUGGACUUGCUGGAUGCGGCUUUGCGCAGUGUUGAUAUUGUCUCUUCCAACUGGGCUCUAAGAAAUGGUAACCAGGACCAAAAUCAUUCACUAACCCACUGGGGUGAAAAGGUAUUUGAGAAGCUACAGGAAUUGAAAACUCGCAACAUUGGUCUGAGAAUCCCAAUUAAUAAAUUCCAAUAUGGGUCCCAGGAUGCAACAAAUCUGAAAGCCAACGUUGAGUGGAAUAAUGGGCCGCCCAUGUUGUCAUGUGGUUGGUGUGGGCAGACUACCUUUUUCAGGAAACUGCUUAAAAGGCGGAAAGGAAGUCGGAUUUUGAAAGCCUAUUUCUUGACAAUCACUAGUAACCGCCAAGGUGAAAAGAUGUUUCAGAAGCGCUUGGAGCUGCUGAUGCUUAGGGCAGAAUUCUUCCCUCGUCUGUCAGAGCAUGAGUUGCAUACUCCCUGCACGUUUGUACCAGAAAAUUGUAAACAGGCUCCUAAAACUGGCUUAACCCUUGUCUUCAGACAACACGAUUUCAAAAAAAGAUUAUUUGACGAUUAUGCCAGGGCUUUUCGUGCACUGGUGAAAUACAUCAACAUGACUCCUAUUAUUGGUGGCAAGCUUCAUUCUUCUUUUUGGGUGGUGGACAAGAAGCACAUUUACAUUGGCAGUGCCCACAUGGAUUGGCGUUCUCUGUCUCAGAUGAAAGAGUUGGGAAUCAUCAUGUACAACUGCAGCUGCCUUGGCUUGGACCUGCAUAAAGUCUUCUCUGUGUAUUGGCAGCUGGAAUACCGGGACUCUGCACCCGAAAUCUGGUCGAAGAAGCUAUUCGGUAUCUCUAGCUUGCAUUCCCCUCUCAAAUUACAGCUGAAUGGGAUGGAGGCUGAGGUCUAUCUGGCUACUUCUCCUGCACCUUUAUGCCCCAGUGGCCGCACCAAAGAUACUGAUGCUGUUCUCAAGGUUAUUGCCAAUGCUCAGAGGUUCAUUCAUGUGGCUGUCAUGGAUUUUCUGCCUCUUAUCAACCGCACUAAUGUUCAGAGGUACUGGCCUUUGAUAGAUAAUGGGCUACGGGAAGCUCUCUUUCUGCGGAAAGUGAGAGUGCGAAUGUUGGUCAGCUGCUGGAAGGGAACCUAUGCACCAAUGCUCAACUUCCUGUGGUCCCUGAAAAUGUUCUGUGGUGAGCCCAUCAACUGCAGCUUUGACGUGAAAUAUUUUGUAAUUCCUGCUUCUGAACGGGAUGAGAAGGCUAUGUUUUCCAGUGUUAACCGCAACAAAUAUAUGGUGACAGACAAGGCAGCGUAUAUCAGUACCUCUGACUGGGUUGGGGACGACUUUGUGGAUAACACGGGUGUGAGCCUGGUCGUUGAGCACAAACAGAGCAGGAGUGGGAUGAGCAAAGCCACCAUUCUCGAGGAGCUAAAGGCGGUGUUUAUGAGAGACUGGAACUCCAAAUAUGCCCGAAACUUAGAAAUAAACACUUUUCCAGAAUGCUUGAAACUUCAAACAUAUCAACCCAAACCAUCUUAAUUUUAUCUGGGUGAAACAUUCCUAUUUCUUUGAGAUGAUGGGGGGAAAGAGAUUUACCCUGAUGAAAAGUACUGGAAGUUUUCGCUUUAGCUUUGGGUUAAGGAUAACCAUCUUGUCUGACCCAUUUAUAAAAAAAUAACCAAAGUAUUCAAAUGAUAAUAUAAAACGAGCAAUCUUUCAAUGGUCU